AUCCAGCUUAGCAGCGCGGGAGGCAAGUUUGGUGCUAAUUAAGAAGCUUGCUUUCUAGGGAAGAUACGACGGGGCUCUGCUCUGAUGCCACCUGGAUAAUUAAGGGAUUUAGCUGGAUUCUGCGAAUUACAAUAACGAGGCCCCGCCAAGGGUGGCUCAUGCAAGCUCCUCCUGGAGGUGAGGUCCUGUGGUCCUGAAGGCGGCCUGGCAGCUGGUGUCCUGGGUUUUGACGAGAUCACAAUGGGUCCGGUUGGUUUACACAACCUUGGGCAGACCUGCUGCCUGAACUCCCUGAUUCAGGUGUUGGCUAUGAACGUGGAAUUCACCAAGAUAUUGAAGAGGAUAACAGUGCCCAGGGGAGCUGAGGCGCAGAAGAGAAGUGUCCCCUUCCAGCUGCUCCUGCUGCUGGAAAAGAUGCAGGAUUGCCGGCAGAAAGCAGUGCAGCCCAUGCAGCUGGCCUACUGUCUCCAGAAGUACAAAGUGCCCUUGUUUGUCCAGCAUGAUGCUGCCCAGCUCUACCUCACAGUGUGGAACCUGAUUAAGGACCAGAUCACGGAUGUGGACUUGGUGGCGAGGCUGCAGGCCCUCUACACCAUCCGCGUGAAGGAGUCCUUCGUUUGCCUAGAGUGCUCCGUGGAGAGUUGCAGGGACAGCAGCAUGCUGACCCUCCCCCUUUCUCUUUUUGACCUGGACUUGAAGCCCCUGAAGACACUGGAGGACUCCCUUCUCUGUUUCUUCCAGCCCAGGGAGUUGUCCAGCAAAGACAAGUGCUUCUGUGAGAGCUGUGGGAGGAAGACCUGCUGGAAGCAGGUCCUGAAGCUGACCCACCUCCCCCAGACCUUGACCAUUCACCUCAUGCGGUUCUGCCUCAGAAAUCUGCAAACACAGAAAAUCUGCCACUCACUGCAUUUCCCCCAGAGCUUGGACCUAAAGAAGCAUCUCGAGACGGAGGAGGACCCCUGCGCUGCCGAGGAGCCGCGUGGGGGGCAGUACGAACUCUUCGCUGUGAUUGCACACACGGGGACAGCUGACUUCGGUCACUACUGUGCCUACGUCCGGAACCGUGUGGAUGGACAGUGGUUCUGCUUCAACGACUCCAAUGUUUCUUGGGUGUCCUGGGAAGAUGUCCAGUGUACCUAUGGGAGCCACAGCUACCGCUGGAGGGAAACUGCGUAUCUUCUGGUGUACAUGAGGACUGAGUCCUAGUGGGUGUACCCUAAAUCUUCCAAGACCUACAGAAUCGUUUUCUUUUUCUGUUCCUGGAUCUGCAGACUCUUUUAAGAGAUUCUGCAGUGAGAAAAGGCACCAUUCUCAAAGUGUUAAAUUAAACUUUAUUUAUAAUCAGUGGUGGUUAUCAAAACGUUGACCAGAGACACUGUGCAGGUCUGGACCAGUCAGAAUGGGUACUGAUGCCUGCAGACCCUGGCCAUGUGGCUGGGUUGGUACCAAGCAGUGCUCCUUCCGUGGGGUCCAGGGGCUCCCAGGGAAGAGAACCAGGCCGGCAGUGGGAGUGGGAGGCAGUGGGGUGGCGAGGGGCAGGGUAGGGAAGUUUUCCAAUAUUUUACAGCUACUAUGACUGUACUGGUAUGUACUGGCUGUGUAUCAUUUCUGUUUAUUAAAAUUUUUGAACCUGUAUCAAUUACAUGAAACUUAAGUGCUUUGCAGUUGUGACUCACUUAUUUAACAGAUAUGUGUUGAUCACCUGCUCUCCAUGAGGUGGUGUAUGCCAGACACAAUCAUGAAUAAAGUUUCUCUCAAAAGGA